UGGGGCCUCAGCUGACAUUGUGACAGCUGUUGUAGGUGGAUGUCUGCGCAAAGCAGCAAACGCAAAGACAAGUGCAGGAUUUCCUUUGCCAAUCACAGUUUCACAGUAGGAGUCUUAUGUUCGUAUUAUUACUCCAGCUGUUUAUUUUGUUGGUAGAAGCUGCUGAAAGUUAAUUCCAGCACAUUUUUUGCAUCACUUAAAAUGCGGUUACAACUUCAUUUUUUUAUUCGGACAGCAUGAAUGGAUUCAUUUCUCUCUUUGACUGCUUUGUUUGGUUGGGCUGCAUGGAGUUUGAUGCCACUGUUUAAUCUGAAAUCAUCCUUUUAAGCCUGACCUCUGUUCAUUUCUGUCUUUAGCAUUUGGCUGGUUUUAUCGAUAUGAGGGGAAACUGCCAUCAUUACGCAAGGUACUGUCAGCUGUGUGGGUUCAGUUUGCUGUGAUGUCUUCUUAUAGGGUUGGUUAGACGUUUAAAAUCAGGGCUUUUGCUUUUAUUUUUAUUCACUAAGUGAAAGUGGUUUGCUAGGGUUUUUUCUUCAUACACUGUGUGGCAUCAUUAGGCUUUAUUUGCCUGCAGUGCUUUUGAGUUUGGAUUGGCAGAUUUGCCUGUCCCCGUUCCUUCCUUGUAUUCUGACUAACUGGUGACAUGUCAGAAAGGAGACAAAAAGAAGAAAAAGAAGAAAGUGUCCAACACGGACACACUGCAGGAGCAGAGAAAAAACAAGAAGGAGAUGGAGUUUGAGCUGAAACUCGCCAAAGAGAAGGAAGAGAUGCACGAGCGAGAGAAGCAACUCAAGAUCAGUCGGCUGGUUCAGGAGGUUUCAGAGACGGAGAGGGAAGACUUAGAGGAGUCAGAAAAGGUGCAGCACUGGGUGGAGCGACUAUGUCAGACACGACUGGAGCAGAUCUCGUGUGUGGAGAAUGAAUCCCCCGAGCUCUCCCCGCCACGCUCCCCUGCUUCUGAGCCAAAAGUGAAGCGUUUUCCUGGUGGUCUUCACCUGGCCACCACUGAUCUGGACGACAUUAACCUGGACGAAGUGGAUCAGAGCUUGAGGGGCCCAUUAAAAAGACUAGCCCCCACCCAGCCCAGCACCAGCCAGCCACCCCCUCCCUUGCCUCUCCCUCCACGCUCGCCCAACCUGAAUCCAACCAUCCCUAACUAUCCCCCCUCUCCCUCUCAGGCGUCUCCACAGCGCCGCCCCCCUUCCCCACCUAAUCCUAGGAGACCUCCCUCUGCCCCAUCCACUUUGACGAAUAAGAGGCUGAGGCCUCAGCCGCACCCCCAACCUUCCUCUCAUUACCCGUCUCGCGUGUCGCGACCUCCAUCGUCCCCUCAACCUGCUCCCCGGCCCCCUCCGCCCCCACCUCCUCCUCCUCCUCCUCCUCCGCCGCCCCCACCUCCUCCACCACCGCCACCUCCACAGCACUCUGAAGAACGACUUGGCACCAUCAGAGUGUAUCAUCACCAGCAUCCCCCCAGUCCACCAGAACCCAGGAGCGAGUGGGAGGCAGGCAGAUAUCUCCCCAGAGGAGGGAUUUACUCGUCUAACACUAGUGAAAUGUCCUACCCCUCCAGUCCAAAGGUAAUGAGAAAUACAUCCCAUGCCAGUCGUGUUUCAACUUCAAGCAGCCCCCUGCAACUAGCUCCCAGUCCCCCCAACCAGAGGCGUCAAAUGGCCCCGGUCAUGUCUAAGCCUGUCAUGCUGCCUCAGUCACAGACCCACCGCCCAGAUCCACACAGACCUGCUCUACGUUCUGAUGGCCUGCCUCCUGAAAUGUUGAAACGGAUGGUGCCUUUCAACUCGUCUUUUAAAACAAACAACAAGCGACAAGUAAUCCAUAUGUCACCUUCUUCAUUAAUACUCUGGAGUGCUUUUCUCUUGUUCUUUUUUUAAUCUCCAUGCUUACGCCUCAGGUUUGGCUAUUGAGUGAAACCUCAGUGAUGGCCCUUCUUCAUUUUUCCCCAUGUGCAUCACUGUCUUUUGAUGUAGCUGAGCUUCUAUUGAUUUAUUAUUUCCAUAAAGGAAUGCAUGUCACAAAGGUUUGGUUUUACAGCAGUGAUGGCAAGUGAUGCUUUGAACUCUCUCACAGAGGCUCACUGAACACUCCAAGUGGUUGAAAUAUCUGUCUACAUGUCUUUUGUACAGUCUACAUCUACCAGAAGAAAGGAACACGGUUGCUUUACGUUUUCAUGUGGCUUUAGUUUAAUAUCUAAACACUACACCUGUUUGCAUUGCUUGAUGGCUCCUCUCUCCAGCCACAACAAAUAAAAAUGUACAUUACCAAUGAGUUCAUCUUCUAUGUCCAACUUUGAGCCACUGUGUAGCAACAGGAAAUGAGCUUAUAUUAAUGUGUGUUUAUUCUGCCGGGAGAAACCGCCUCUCUGACUCUUCAUAACUGCGUAAAUGUGAUGUCCGUUUGCUCUUAUUUCCUUCCUAUGAAAUUAAACAGCUGUUUAGAAUGAUUUGUGAGUUUUUUCUGCCUGUGUGUGUUAGUGUGAAUUAUUGUCUUGAUAACGGAAUUAAGGGGUGAGGCUUUCAAAGCAACUGUGUAACGCCUUAAAAGCCAAAGUGCUUUUUUUAAAUAAAUGACUCUGUGUUUCCCCUUUAUCAGAUCAACAUAGGAGUGAUUGUCAAAGGAAAUCUGGCCAGCACACCAUGCAGUGACUUGUUAAACAGCUCAUGUCUGCAGUGAUGUGCUCUUUAUUAACUUCCUGUUGACAUAUUGAUCAUUUUUAAUAAACUGCCUUUUGAUUCUC